AUGACACAUCUGCAGAGAAGAAAACCGGCGGAGAAAACUCCGGCGACCCAAACCGCGGCGGCGGCAGAGAAGAAACCAAAAGCCCGCAAGAAACUCCCCAAGGAGCCAGCCGUCGACGGAGACAAGAAAAUUAAAAAGAGAUCGAAAAAGAACGUGGAGAAUUACAAGAUCUACAUCUCCAAGGUGCUGAAACAAGUCCACCCAGACAUCGGGAUCUCGAGCAAAGCCAUGGCAAUCAUGAACAGUUUCAUCAACGAUAUUUCUAUGGAUAAUAACGAGCGUGUGGCAAGGACUCAUACUUUCCUUCACUCAAAUUCUGGUUACAAUGUUGAUGCAUUUGUGGUCUUUCCUGACGGAGAUAGGCACCACCAUGCUUCUGUUCUUCCUGGACUCAUUAUGCAACAGUUUGGGUACAAUGAGAAAGAAGAUCCCGUCCCACUUGGUAGUUACAUGAGGUAG